AUGGCCAAAUCUGUUUUUGAGACAGGGGGUUGCCCAACUUGCAGAGCGCCUCAGUUCUCCUUCGAUACUGUUGACCUCCUUUCGACAGCGUACACACACGGGGAUAUUGAAAAAGCGAGGCACUUACUUGAAAGUAGUACAUAUCACUCAUCGCGAGAUAUCUUCGAUAGAACGCCAUUAAUACGAGCAGCUCAGCACAGUGAGAGAGAGGUGAUACACCUGCUCGUGGAACAUGGGCCCUCGGUAACACAAGAGGACAUGUACCACCAGACGGCAAUAUGCUGGGCCUCAAAGGAGGGGCAUACGGACGCAAUUGAGGAGCUUCUCCUUGCCGGAGCAGACAUAUCUUACUUGGACUCAGAGGGCCAGACACUUUUGCAUUUGGCUGUGAAGAGCGGGUCUGAGGAAACAGCGGCUCUUCUGUUGGCAACGGGCGUGGCAGGAUCUGCCACAGAUUUGGAGGGUGUCACUGCCCUCCAUCUAGCUGCAAGAGAUGGCUCCAAGGAAUUCAUCAACUUGCUGAUUGACAACGGUGCGGAAACUGCAGCAAAAGACAAUCUUGGACGUACACCGUUGCAUUACUGUGCGGAGCUAGGUUAUGGCGCAGCGACCAAGCUGUUGGUCGACAGAGGUAGUUCAUUGUCUGCAAAGGACAACGCGGGGCGGGGCGGACAGCUCGUGAGUUGGCCCAAGAGGCUGGAAGUCACCGCGCAGUGA